AUCGUACAUCAUAUAGUCCAGAUUUGAAAAACUUAAGUGCGUGUGUGGUUAAGUUUUGUGUGGUGUUUUGUUUUCUAAAUAUCUGAAUUUUUUUGUUUUAUGAAAGACAAGAACUUUAAUUUUUAUAACUUAGAAAAAACAAUUGAAAAUUAAUAGUGAAAAAGUGUUGUGAAUCAACUUUCUGGAUACUUUUUCGAGUGGGGUGAGAAUGGAGUUGGAGCCAUUCGAAUCUUACGAUUUUAAUCUGGAAGAUCAAAACUUUUAUGAACCCAGUCCGGCGAAAAGUGCCACUGGGUUCAAAACUCGUAAAACGGUUACAUUUCAUCGUAUUAUACCAAAGACUGAAAAUGAUGACGGUCCUUCAAUGGGUAUCCUUCUUAAACAGGAGAUUAUUGAUAAUGAUAUUGGUAUUUCCGCACCACCAUCGAUUAAUUCAAUACAAAAGGUGCCAUCAUUAAGUGAUUUAUCCGAUCCUGAAGAUUCAUUAGACAUCCCGACGCAGGUGCCUCCACUGACGCCGGGAACGAACAAAAAGAUGACAGAGGCCUUAAAGGCCUCUUUUGCAUCUUGGGAAAAAGAACAAGUUCGUUUAAAUAUCACCAAAGAUCCCCGUCAAUGGACUGAAGAACAUGUUACACAUUGGGUGUGUUGGGCAAUACGUGAAUUUUCAUUAGAAGGUAUCACAUUAACACAAUUUCGUAUGCGGGGCAAAGAUAUAUGUGCAAUGGGCAAAGAUGCAUUCUUAGCACGUGCCCCCGCUUUUAUGGGUGAUAUAUUAUGGGAACAUCUAGAAAUAUUACAAAAAGAUGUUGAACGAGAACGUGAAGUUGCUUCUGUCAACUCAUCAUCAACAGGUAGUGGACCACCUAAUACUAUUGGUCCAAACUCUGGUGGCGGUAAUUUAUAUGAUUCUGGAUGUGUACCAGAUUUGACUGAUUUUCUUGGCGGGUAUCAUUCCCCAUUAACUGGUGAUCAUAAAUCAACUACAUCUGGUGUACCAACACCAGCACAUACGCCGACGCCAACAUCAACGAAUACUUCGCCUUUUAUUCAUGAUGGUGGUUACAACAAUCACUUACGUGGAAGUACCACAACAAUAUGUCCGCCACCAACACAACAAUCUGCAAUAGCACCGCCAACAUCGUCACACAACACAAAUCACCCCCAACAACAUCAUCCGCAUCCCCAACAUUCACAACAUCAUCCUCAACAUCAUCCGCAGCAGCAACAGCAUCAUCAACAACAACAGCAUACACAUGAAGAUCAUCAUAGUGGCGGUGGUGCAACACCUCAAAUGAUUGGUGGUCGAGAUGAUCGAUCAUCACCACCAUCACAGCAGCAUACAACACCAGGUGGUACAACUGUUGGUCCACCACCACCUCAACAACAACAACAAUCACCAGUUGGUAAUAAUAAUAAUACGGUGCAAUCACCACCAGUGUCGUCACAUCAACAACAUACUACGCAAUCGUUUAUGCAUGCGCAGCAACAACAACAACAUCAUUCUCAUCAUCAUAUGCAACGAAGUCCACCUUUACAUUAUCUUAAAGAAGAAUCCGGCGGUUAUAGCUCAAUGAAUGAUGGCUUAGGACAACAAUUAGGUGUAGAUGAUUCUCAGGGUCCAGGAAUGGCAGGAAAUUAUAUCCUACCACAUCAUCAACAACAAACACCGUAUCAUUUAGGGCAUGAUCCCGAUCCAGAUUAUCAUGCGCUAGAUCCAAACACGAACUCAGCACCAUAUUUAGAAAGUUCUCCAGAAUUUUAUGCUGGUAAUAAUAUUAUGGAUAAAUAUAAUUCAUCGUAUAUGAGCCAUUUUAAAAGAGCACGCUAUAACGACGGAUACAGUGAUGGUUUUGGAACACCUUACGAUGGUACACCAUUUCAAACAGUACCAGGAAGUGCGGGCAGUGGGGGACCACAAGAUCAAUGGGGACCUGGAUCUGAUUUAGGUCAUGUACAUCAUACACAUCCUGCAUUUAUUUCAGCUGGCCUAACUGGUGGCCGAGAUUCAUUAAUGGACACUAAACCAAUGAUGCAAUCAGCAAUGCUUAGCGGAUAUCCAAAUAAUGCUAAUUCUGGCCCUUGCUUCACAGGAUCAGGGCCAAUUCAAUUAUGGCAAUUUUUAUUAGAAUUAUUAACCGAUAAAUCAUGUCAAGGAUUUAUCUCAUGGACUGGCGAUGGUUGGGAGUUUAAGCUUACCGAUCCUGAUGAAGUUGCACGCCGUUGGGGUAUACGUAAAAAUAAACCAAAAAUGAAUUAUGAAAAAUUAAGUCGUGGUCUUCGAUAUUAUUAUGACAAAAAUAUUAUACAUAAAACGGCUGGCAAACGUUAUGUAUAUCGUUUUGUUUGUGAUUUACAAAGUUUGCUUGGAUGUAGCCCUGAAGAGUUACAUGCAAUAGUCGAGUUGAAACCAGAGAAAAAAGAAGAUGAUUGAAGAGAGUAAAAACACUAUAUGAAAUAAUUUCAGACUGAAAUUUAUUUUAAAAAAAUACCAAAGGUGCCUAAAAAAGUAAUUUUCAUGCGUGUCAAAUUUUUGUUUUUUUCUCAUAAUUUCGACAAAAGACUAACUACUUAAAUCAUAAAAUACCUGUGUUUUAUAAAUAUUACGCCCUAUUACUAUUACACACAGUAUUCCCAUAAAAAAAACUGCUCUAAACUUAAAAAAAAGGUGCCACACA